AUGACGUCACCCAGCUCGGGGCGAGAGAUGCAGGCGCGCCGUUGUGAGCCAGUGAACCAGGAAUUUUGGGGCACCUCCAACAGGGCGCCCUCUUGUCUCUCUCGGUGGGAAGAAUUUUCCCCCUGGGGUUUUAUCCUACGGGUUACGGUUCCUGACAUAUAUGCCUGUCCCCGUGAAAAAAUUAAAAGUAGCAUGGAGAUGAAGACUACAGGAUUAACAACACCACCACCGUCGUCGUCACCAUCAAGCAUCAUUUUCACAGUUGUAAUUAGCAUCAUUCACACAACCUUUUAUAUCACCGAUAUCAAUAUCAAAACCCUCCAUAAACUAAUAGUAAUAAUAAUAAUAAAAAAUAGUCUUCAAAAUAAUAACAGUAACUGUAACAAUAACAAAAACACCAACAAUAGCAAUAAUAAUAACAACCUUACCCUCCCCACCCAAAAUCAUGAACCUGACAAAAUUGUUUUUCUUUUCCUCCAGCACUUCAUGGAACGCGAGCGGGGAAAGGUAGUUGUCUACGUCACCACACUGGGCAUCGUUCGUGACACCUACGAACGCUGUCUAAGAAUUCGCAAGAUCCUAUGGACGUUGUUGGUCCGUUUUGAGGAAAGGGACGUGUUCAUGGCACGUGAUACCCAGAUCCAGCUCCUCGACCGCCUCCAUGCCCGCGGGGUCACUGUGCCACAUGUAUUCCUCGAGGGACAGUACUUGGGGGAUGCUGAGCAGAUUGAGCGAUUAAAUGAAUGCGGGGAAUUACGUCGUCUACUUCAGCCGUACAGGCGCGCGGCCUCAGCCAGCACGUGCGACACCUGCGGCGGCUUCCGUCUCCUCCCGUGCACCGUCUGCAACGGGUCCAAAAAAUCCGUCCACCGCAACGACUGGACGCUCGAAUUCGUGGCUCUCAAGUGCUCCAGUUGCGACGAGUCCGGCCUAGUCAAGUGCCAGGACUGCGCCGAGUACAAGGACGUUAAUGGCAACCACGACGGUUAACGACUGGCUCCCCGAACGCACGGAAGAGAAACGCUACGCGAGAUAACCGCGUUAUCUUGAACGCGAUCGCUAUGGAACUUUUGAAGAAUGUAUAUAUAUAUAUAUUUACAUAUUCUGCUUUUUUGAGCUAUGUAUUAGGAGUUAUAUUUGGUUCUAUACAAUCCUUUGGCUCAAAAUAUGUCCUUUUUCAGGGAGAGAACGCACGAAGAGGAAAUAUUUAUUGCCCUGUGUAAAUAGCACAUGCAUUACGUUUACAGAACUCCGCCGUAGUGGAGUCUAUUGUUCCUUUUUGCAAAGAUGUCUAAAAAUAAAUAAAAAAUAUAUAUAAAAUAUUAAAAAAUAUAAAAAGAUAGUUGUUUAAGUUUAAAAGAAUAUUUUACAGUCAUUUUGAGUUACUGAGAGAAGUCAGUUGUAGCAGCAGGUGAGAUUGCGAUAUCAUAAGACAAAAAUAACUGAAAUCAGAUUAUCGAAACGAUUUCCCAAUUUCUUUUUUAAAGUACGAAACAGAGAAUGGAUAAAUCUAGAUCUUGCAAAAUGACCAUCUUGUGUCGUGGAAAAAAAAUAAACAUAUUGCAAUCAUACCUGGCUACACUGACCUGGCUGUAUGUGAUGAUUGCGUUACAGAUUGUUGUGUAUAGUUCGUUUUUUUAUGUAUAAUUGAGUAUGCUAUUAUGUGGUUAUUUAGUCGGAUGACAAAUGGGUAUUCAGUUGAUGAUAAUUUUGUGAUACACAUGAUUAAUAUAUUGUGAUAUACUUAAUAUAUUGUCGUUCAUCUAUGGAAACGUGAUUCAGUUGCUUAUACACACUUUUUAUGUAUAUGUGGUAUAGAGUCCUUUUGUAGUUUCUUGUGGUGGAGGAAUCGAGUGUCUUUUAUAGGAUGCUAAAGACAGUGAACUGGUGCAAGAGAAAUGCUCUGUAGCCAUUGGCUGUUUUUAUCAUUCUCUUUUUUUAGCGAGUUGAUCAGCUUUUGGAUAAGGCACCGAUAAGGCUCACGCUGGUUGUGAUUCACGCUGUAAAUUACCUACAGUCAUCGCAUAUGGUGUGGUUUUUAAUUACCUCAAGUCCCUUUUCUGGCGAAAGGGAACCGACAUCCAUGCUUACGUACACACACAUUCUUUAAAAAAAAAGGAAAAUCAUGCACAAAGUGGAUAUUUAUUGUCAUUGGGAUAUUUGUACUGGCUUGAACAUUCUUACCAUGGGUUACGGUUUUGAGAGGGGCAUCUUAUUCACAUACACAUUCAGAUGCAUUUGCUUACUACACUUUUUCAGUGGAUAUGCCUAACACUCUGCUUAGGUCUGUGACGGUUGGGAUCUCAUAAUCACUUUCAUACCUAAUAUCCAUAUCAUUAAUGCCAUUGAAAGAGUUUAGUUGACAAGGCUAUUAACCGUAGAUCAUCAAAACAUUUUUUACUACAGAGCGCUGGCUUUGUAUCCAUUUUUUGUUAUAAGUUUCAUUCGUUUGCAUUACCUCUUCUGCAUAAGAUACAUGAAACUGCCCUAAAGAGUGGCUAGGUGACUUGCCAUGUGAUAUUUGACUGAUCUCUUGACCAACUAGUGUUACAAGUACAGCAUACCUUAAUACAGGUAUAUUAAACUCACAUGUAUUUAGGUACAAGUAACACACUGAUGGUGAAUUUGUGUUUUCUCUGUUAUUAGUGUCUUCUGAAUAACAGACAGAAGAAUUGGCUGAAUCUUGCACAUGGAAUUGCAAAUCUGAGUCAAAGGAUUUUCAUCUUGAAUGAUGUGAAGAGAACAGAUGAAUCUCUGAGAAUAAAGAGAUGUUGUAAUAUCCUGAGUUUUUUUUGCAGUUCCAAGUGCAAAAAUUAAAAUGUCAUCAGUGAGUCAGAGACAGUGUUGUUUGGUUGUCUGUAGUUGGGAGAUUAAAUAUAGAAACGAUAAAAAUGC